UCGAUUGUCAAAAUGCUGUCAAACUGUUUGGGACGAUAACAACCAAAUGUGAACACACUAAAACAAGCCUGAAAGCGAUUUUGCCGCUCUUAUUUCAUUUAAAAGUAAAACGUUCCUUUCGUUCCUACUGAAAAGUGUUUUUCUUCAAUAAACGCAACAACAGCAAAUAACCAUAAAAAUGAAUCCCAUGACAAAUAUGAAAAAUGUGCUCCAGCUGAGCAAACAGGAUCUGAAACAUAUAGGCAAAAGUUCUUGGCACGAUCAGUACAAAAACAGUGCUUGGAUAUUUGUCGGCGGGCUGCUCUACGACCUUACCGAAGGUGACAUACUGUGCGUGUUUUCCCAGUUCGGUGAGAUCGUGAACGUGAACCUGGUCCGGGACAAGGCAACCGGGAAAUCGAAAGGGUUUGCGUUCAUCUGCUACGAAGACCAGCGGUCUACCGUACUGGCGGUGGACAACCUGAACGGUAUCAAGCUGGUAGGCAAAACGAUACGCGUUGACCAUGUGGAAGAUUAUCGGCCACCCAAGGAAACAGAAAAAACCGAUACGGAAACGCGACAGCUGUACAUGGAAGGGUGUGCGCCGGAAGUGAUGAUGAGACGGGAGAAGGAAAUGAAAACUCGUUCAGCCACUCCGGAACAGAAGCCUGAACGGUCACGGCAUACGGAUGUGAAGAUUAAGCGUGAACGACAGGAUCCAUCUAUAAACAAGGAAAGACGAUAGAACACUUCGGAUACCAUUGGAAGCUUUUCAUUCCGGUAUACAGCUUUUUGGCGUUUGAUGAUUAUAUGCCGCAUCUCCGUGCCAAUAGUAUCGAGACCUAAGGUAACCAACGGUUUAUAUAAAUGAUGUUGCUUAAUGGUCCUUGACUUGGUAAGAAAACAGAAUUAAACAAAGAGUGAGAUUAAAAUGUAAUAAACACAAAGACUUAUAGUUCAAUAUAAAUAUAAAUUUUCCUAAAUUAGCCUUCGAAA